UCCAAAUUCGUCGUUAAUGGCGUCCGAUUACGGAGGGCCUUAUCGCGCUCAUUCUACUCACAUUCUUCACUCCCACACAGUAUCGCAACCACAGUGUUUUGAUGGAUACGAACUAGGAAGGGUGCAUCAUCACCAUUUGCAGCAUGAUCAACAAGGUCUAAGUGCUCAACCUCAAUUUCAUAUUCACCCACAUCCUUUAUCUUCAGCUCAGUCCCAUGACUUGCACGGGGUGAUACAGAGAGAAAUUGAGGAGGAGAGGUUUAGACAUGAGAUAAUCAUGUACAAGAUCCUUACAAGGCGUGCCUUGGAGGCUGAGGUAAGGAGGGAUCUGCUGAUGGUUGAAACCUUUCUUAGGAGAGGACACAAUGUGGCUCCACUGGCAGAGACGAUGACUGAGGAGAGGUUUCUUGGUGAAAGUAGUAUGUUGCUCACGCAGAGGCACAUAUUGAACGACGUGUGUGAGGGUGGACGCUCUGGAUCCUUACCGUUUCAGAGAGCAUCAAUUGAUGAGAGAAUGGGAAGAGACUCAAUGGUCAAAUGUGUCUCAGAGGGCAGCAACAAAAAGAAGGAAAUAAUUUUAGAGGCUAAGCCAACCGAAAAUAUAACUGGAGCUAAGAGGCCUAACCCUGGAUCGGGCACAAGUCCCCAGUCAGAUGGCAACUUGAAGAAGCAGAAGAGAGUGAAAGAGGAGUGGAGUUGCACCCUCUGCCAAGUUACUGCAACCAGCGAACAUACUCUGAAUGAGCACCUUAAGGGAAAGAAGCACAAGACGAAGGAGGCUGCAUUGAAGGCGAAAAAAACUAUGAUAGGGCUUUGUACAAAAAAUGCUACCAAGCCUAUCCAGAGUUCAGGAACUUCCAGUCAAGUCAUACAAGUGAAACUUACACCCACACCUUUGUCAUUUGUUAAGCCCGGCUCUGAGACAGAUGGUCUGCUGCCGUUGCAGGGAAAACCCAACCCAGACAACUUGAAGAAGGAAGAAUCAGUAGUGACUCCACAAGGAAAACACAAGGGUGAACAUAAGAAGGAAACAUUUAAAUUUUGGUGUGAGACGUGCCAGGUUGGUGUGCUCACUGAGAAGGUCAUGGAAACGCACCAACAGGGUAAGAAACAUAAACGUCGUCUUCUUAAAACCAAGUAGUGGAGAAAACAGUUGCAGAAGAUCUCACAGCUGUGAAGAGAAGUCUCUGGUGAUGCUUACUUGAAUUGAGCUGCUAUGGUUCAUGUCCAAUUAGUCAAAUGCUGUUUGCUAUGUCGAAUUCGUUCCCAAUAUAAGCUGUCUUCUUAUUUCUA